UUAACUUCUGAGAAGGUGGAGGGCAGGGAACUGUUGCCCUUACCUUGCCACUGUUUUAUUUAUGCAGGUUGGCAAGAAGGUUAAGGGUUAAGUACAGGACCGAGGGAGCACAGUGAAAACAAGCAGGAGUAUGGGGUGGGGCGAAAGCAACGCAGCAUGUCGGGUUCAAGAUAAGGAGUGAGACAAGGAACGGAACAUGUGGUGCCAUGAAAAUGAGACAAGAAAAAUGCUUGUAGAAAAGAGUAAAGAUUUUUGCAGAGACAGGGCAACAGCAAGAAGAAAGAAAAAGGCAUAUCCAGUGCAGUUGAGGCAUGCUCUCACUCAACAAUUUCGGUCUGCUGACCCCAGGAUUGAACUUUCCCGUUUGGAGACCCUUGUACGUAAGGAGCACCUACCUAAACCACUUUCUGCGAUAUACUCUCUAUUGCGCACCAGUUACCAAACCACAAGGCGGGAUCUGCUGCAGAAGUGGAUUGUCAAUAUUCCGGAUUUAACAGUGGAGCAAUGGUCCUAUAUUCUGGCUAACUCUCUUACCCCCUUGAUAAGAUCCAGGGACCGACUUAUCCAAUUCAAAUAUUUGCACCGUGCCUAUUAUACCCCCUACAUUCUACAUAAAAUGAAUCCGGCUUUCCCGGAUAAGUGCAACAGAUGCAAUAGCCCUAAUGCUGACUUUUUUCACAUGGUAUGGGACUGUGCCCAAAUUCAACACUUUUGGGCGGAAAUUGCUGAUUAUAUUACUCAACUUAUGGCUAUGCCAGUGGAGUUCCAUCCUGCUGUUUUACUCCUAAACUACCUACAAGAUACUACGUCCUCACGCUCUGAAAGGACUCUGCUCACUUUUCUCCUGUUCCAUGCGAAACGGGCAAUAGCCUUAAAAUGGAAAGACGAGAGUCCUCCUACCCUAUCUUUCUGGAUAGCUCAGGUGGAGCAAACGUUGCCUGUUUUGGAACAGAUUUAUUAUGCAAGGGGGUGCCCCACGAAAUUCAAUAAAAUCUGGACACUUUGGAUAUUGCGCAACGAAACAUAUACAAAUAGAACUGUAACUGUUCCCGCCCAACCAAUGGACUGGCUUGUUGCUCCCAACUAGACCCUAGUUGACUUGCACCAAUUUUUUUUUUCUUUUUACCUGUUCUAAUUAUUUCCUUUGCAGGUUGGUCCACCCCCCCCCCCCUACCUCUACUCUGUGCUGCUCUCUCUUCCUUACUUUUUCUCUCUUUCUUUGCUCUUGUCACUUAAUUCUAUGUUGGGGAUCCCAUGGUUGUUAAUUAAAAAUGGCUUACAGAGCAGCUAAAUGCAAUAUACCUGUAACAAUUUUUCUCCGGUCAGUACUACAUUUUGUAUGCCUCUGUAAGUUGAUCUACAAAAUAAAUACCUUUUAAAAAAAAAAAA